AUGGCUGACAAUUCCCUGAGUCUGAGUCUGCGGUGUCUUGUUGACGGCGACCGUACCUCGAAAUCCUUUGAACUGGCCACACCAUCGACGGAGUCUUUUGGUCAACUCAGAACCACCAUCCGUCUCAGCAAGCCUAUCUGGUUUAAAGAUCUGGAAGCGGAGGAUCUCACUCUCUGGAAAGUCACGAUCCCAAUCACAAAAGACAAUGCCGACACUCCUAUCUUGCUCAAAAAUGUCCCCGACAGCGAUAAGGACAAGCUCGGUCCAACAGACGAUGUUAUCGAGUGGUUUCCACAAGUACCAGACAAGAAAACGAUCCAUAUCAUCGUCCAGCGCCCUCUUCCAGCAUCGCCCACACAGCUGAUAUCAGUUCAGUCUGGUGACAUCGAGAAGGAAUUGGCAGAAAUCCUUGAAGGCACCGGCCAUCAUCAUAUAAACCAUUUUGUCGAUUCAAAGGCUGUCGAGUCCUCUCAAAGGCAAAAACUGGCGCCGUUUUACAAGAGGACCUUGCCUUAUCACGAUAUCUUUAAAACGUGCUUUCAAUUUAUCUCUAGAAAGUGUACUGAGCGUUUGGAGUUCCUACUCAUAGUCUUUUUGAUAUCCCAUGUUAACGUUGCGGUCAAGUACAAAGAUUUCGGCACUUUAUACCGGAUUGUCUCCAACUUUGGCUUGACUUCGACUUCAAAGGGGAAUGCGCCGGAACCACUUGUCCGUCGAUCACUUCAGCGCUUUAAUGGCUACCGUCUUGCUGAUCUUCCUUUCCUUCGAGGUAUCCCAUUGCCUACUUGGUGCUACACUCUCCAGUUACAACUUGACAGUGUUGACACAACCAACGAGUUCGGAUACACCGCCGGAGGAGUUCGUGCCGAUCUCGCCUUCCUCACCGAACGUCCUUCGAACAAGAUGCGUAUUCCCUGCUUUGGAACACGUCAGGAUGGGGCUUGGUAUUUCUCUAACAGACGGUACGCCGGAUCUCUUGCGAUUAAGUUCUACAGCAGCCGUGUGGCAGUUAAGAUUCACCAGUCAAAUGAAACUUCCAGUGAUAUUCGAGGUUGUUUCUUGCAGACAGAUGGCACCACAUCCAACUCAUCUUUGGCAGCCACUCGACUGGACUUUGAGAAUUCGGGUACUCCGCUCGAGCUCAGGGGUAUCCUCCGCAUCCAUAUUGAAUUCCCUGAUGUCAAGGAUAGUAUGCCAGCUACCCACACCAGGAGAGGCCCUGUAGCUCGUGUUGAAGAUCACUUCUUCCCGGAAAACACCCCGUUAUACGAGCUGGACUGGGACAAUCGCUAUGCUUCGGGAUCGAAAGCGCGCCGAGGUGACUUGCUCAAGCCAGAUGCCACCGUCCUGAAGUCUGGGAUGGAGGUCGGCUAUGUGGAGAUCAAGACCCCUAAGGACUCACACUCUCAGUCGAAGUUUGUGGAAGACCUGUGGAGCCUGGCCUCGGAAGCCUGCGACCAGAUCGACCUGCACCUGCGCAAUCAGUGCCCCAUCGUAGUCGUUCUUUGCAUUCAAGUCUUUGGUAAAAUGGAUACCUACGUCAACUGCCCCUGA